UUUCUUUCUGAUUGCAAAUAGGGUAUACAACAGACACAGAUGGUCCAAAGGAACAGAGAGAUUCUUACCGGUGGUAAGAAAUACGCUCAGAAAGCAGCCAAGAAACAUUUAGUCGAUGAAGUAGUCUUCGAUAAAGAAUCACGUAAGGAAUACCUUACUGGUUUUCAUAAGCGUAAAUUACAACGACAAAAGAAAGCUCAAGAUUAUAUCAAGGAACAAGAACGAUUAAGAAGGAUUCAAGAAAGGAAAGAAAUGAGAGACGAGCGGAAACGAGAUAUGGAGAAUCAAUUAAAGGCUUUUAAUAAGACUAUGAAGGACAUCACUGUGGGUGAAUCCGACGAAGAAGAUCAAGACUGGAAUGGAUUUGAAGAAGGUAAAGGUGACGAAGAGGAAGAAGAAGAUGAUGAUGAAGAAGAAGAAGAUGAUGAAGAAGAACAACCUUUGAAAGGGAUAUUACAUCACCAAGAAGUUUACAAAGUAGACAACGAAGAAUUGUUAUCUAAUUCUGUAAUAGACGAAGAAACAACAGUUACUGUUGAAUCAUUAGAUAAUCCAGUUAUAGAAAGUGCCAAACAAGCAAAUUUAGAAGCUAUUGCUCGAGCAAACAAUGUGCACCUUGAAAAAUCAGAAGCUGUGUUAGAAAAGUCAAUUAAAAAAGCAAAGAAUUAUGCUGUUGUUUGUGGAGUUGCUAAACCUGAACGUAAACCAAAGAAGAAAUUUAGAUAUUUGUCCAAGGCUGAGCGUAGGGAAAAUACUAGAAAGGAGAAAUUGAAGGGUAAACUUAGAGGUAAGAAGUAGAAUUAGUAAUUCAUUGUGUAAUAGACAUCUUGUAGUAUUUUCACUGGUAUAGGUGUAAAUGUAAGGGCAUAUAUAUUUUACAUGUGCGGGUAACAGUUUCUCAUGGUAAUUGUGCGAUGGAUUUGUUUGGUAUAAAUUUUUGUAGGGGAAAAGAAUUUUUUCACUUUUUUCAUCUGUUUUAUUCUUCAGCAAAGCAACGAACUGCCAGGUAAUUUGUAUGUUCCAUUUAAUUCACAGGAUGAUUAUUUGAUUUUCAAUGAUGACACUUUGUCGCCCCAAACGGAGGAUCCUUUUCAGGACCAUGACCGAUUCGAUACAUUAGCCAAACACUGAAAAUUCUGAUUGUAAAUCAAUGCAUCUGUAAAGGUUAUUCAAGACUUUUGUACUAACUUGUAACAAUAGAUAUAGAACUAUAUAUAUAUUACUGAAUAUACCACUACUACCAUC